AUGUCUACCUCGACUUCAGAGACCCUUCCAAUCGUGGCCACAAGUACUCACCCUCAGCUUACUUGUUCCGCCGCUAUGAACUCCGAAAACGAAGAUAUUAAGACUCUAAGACAACGAGCUGAGCAAAAGAGCAUACUUGUCAAUGAGCUUCCUCUUAACAUCCACUGCGGAAUCUUCAAGCUACUUGAGCCGGCCAGCCAACGAAUCUUGGGUGCCACUUGCGUCUCCUUCUACGAGACCUUCAAUGAACACUGCGACGGAAAGGUUAUCCAAGCGCAUCUAUCUGAAUUCGCUACCGUCAAUCAAGGAUUUACCGGCACUCCUGCGUAUCAGAUCUUCAUACAUAAAUGGCUCUUCAAGGAUCGGUGUCCUGUUGCGCUGAAGUCAGCAAUCAUCGGUUUAGGAACGAGCUCUUUGGGAAGUCAGUUAGAUUGA